UUCCUCCUUCCUGGGCUCUUGUGUCUCCUCUGGCAAAGCUCACCGAAUGCUGCUGAGAUCCCUGGCAGGGCCCCCCUCCUCUUCCAGUGUGAGAAUCCUUCUCAUCUUAAUAAAACUUCUAAUCAAGUCACCUUCCACUUUGUGUGUGGUUGCAGAGCAGUGGAUACUGGAAACAUCCCUCUCACCUCUUAAAGACCUUGUAGAGACUUGUAAUGGAAGGAUUAAAAAUGGUCAGAGCAAGGAGAGAACAGAAACGUGUGUGUAAAAGCACCAGAGGAGCAGGGGAAUAAGGGUUAAACGGGUUAAAAGACAGGCAUGUGCUAACAGCCGCAGGACUCCUAUGCGUGAUUUCAUUCAAAUGAGGAGGAGGAACUACCUGGGCAAGGAUAAGUUGUCAGGAAGAUGCAGAAGGAGGCUGAGCCAUAAAUACACGCAUAAAUCAAACAUGAGUUUUGCUUAAGGCUGAUGAGGUUUGAGGCAAAAUGAGGUUGAGAAGACCUUCAACCUGUGUCCACUUCCAAAGGAUAUAAAAGGUGAGCCCAAGCUGGGUUUGGUGCCAGCAGUGGAGGAGCCCACAGCCACAGUGAGGACUCACAAGCCAGCUCCUGAACUAACAGGCGCCUUCCCACAAUGUUUGCUAACAAAAAGCUCUUCACCACCACCCUCCUCGGGGUCCUGGUCACACUCUCCAUCAUUGCCCUUGUUCUCAGCCUGGUGAAGAUUGAAGAUGUUGCCCUGCCACCCACGGUCAAGUACGGGAUGGUGUUCGAUGCAGGCUCAUCCCACACCUCUCUGUAUGUCUACGAGUGGGACUCAGACAAGGAGAAUGACACCGGUGUGGUCAGCCAGACCUUGUCCUGCGACGUCCAGGGGCCAGGCAUAUCAAGCUAUGCCAACAAUCCCCCAAAAGCCGGUGAUUCCCUAAAGGAGUGCCUGGAUAAAGCCCUGAAGGUCGUUCCCGCUGAGAAGCAGAGAGAUGUCCCAGUUUACCUUGGAGCAACAGCAGGCAUGAGGCUACUGAGGCUACGGAACAGCUCAGCUGCAGACCAGAUCCUGGCCGAAAUCGCUAAAACCAUGCAAGAGUACCCUGUGGCUUUCCGUGGGGCUCGGAUCAUUACAGGAGAAGAGGAGGGAGCUUAUGGCUGGAUCACCAUCAACUACCUGCUGGAGUCCUUCACCAAGUACUCCCCCAAAGCACACACAUGGGUCCGUCCAGAGGCAGCCAACAUUUUGGGGGCACUGGAUCUUGGAGGAGCAUCAACUCAGAUCAGCUUUAUCCCCAAAGGUUCAGUUAUAAACUGGAAUGAAACCUCCAGGUUCAUGCUGUAUGGGUAUAACUACAACAUCUACACACACAGCUACCUCUGCUACGGGCAGAAUGAGAUGGUGAAGCGCCUGGCAAAGGAGUUAAUUCUGGAGUCAUCCUCCAGCACACGAGUCGAACAUCCUUGCUACCCCAAAGACUACAAUGAAACCAUCUCGCUGUCUUCCUUCCACACCAGCCCCUGCACCAAUGCGAGUGACCCACGCCUGUACCCCAGUGACAGAAAUGUGACCCUGGAGGGCAGGGGCAAUGCCAGUGGGUGCCUGGUUGCCAUCAGGAAGCUCUUCAACUUCUCCGCGUGUGGCCAGAGCCAGGACUGCACCUUCGAUGGCGUCUACCAGCCCCCCAUCAGCGGGCAGUUCUUUGCCUUUUCUGCUUUUUACUAUAACUUCAAGUUUCUCAACCUGACCGAGGGGCAGUCGCUGGCUACUGUCAGGGAGACCAUCGAGCGUUUCUGCACAAGGAGCUGGGAGGACCUUUCUUCCAGCUACCCUGAAGAGAACCCUGAGAGGCUGCCCAAAUACUGCGCCAACGCCAACUACAUCCUCACACUCCUCCUUGAUGCCUACAAGUUCAACGAGAGCAGCUGGAACAACAUCGUCUUCCAGAUGAAGGCAGGGAGCGCUGAUGUGGGCUGGACGCUGGGCUACAUGCUGAACCUCACCAACAUGAUCCCGGCGGAGGCUCCGGGGCUGCUAAAGGGGCAGGCUCCCUCCCUGUGGGCUGCGGCCGUCGCCUUUAUCACCCUCACACUGGCCUUGGGGCUCGUUGCUCUGCUCCUGCUCUUGCGCGUGUAGGAACAGGAACCUCCAGGGCACAGAGGAACCAGUGGCUGCCCCAUGGGACUGGCCCCAAACAUGAGGAGAGGCACUGCAGGAGGUUUUCAGAUGAGUCUACACGCCGCAGCCAUGCCGAUCUGCCUCCUCGCACCGCCACGCCUGUUACAGGUCCGGCCUGCACCCACCAGCCGGAGCGUGGGGCCAGGCAGAGCGAGCCGGGCCACGGAGGACCUGGGUGCCAGACCGCCAGCCUGAGGCCACAGGCAUGUGGCCGGGUGCUUCCUCCAGUGCUGGGUCUGACCAUGGUCACCAAUAGCCAGGAGGGUCCCUGCCAGGUCUGCCAGCCUGAGGGCAUGCAAGGCUCUGUGGUGUCCCAGCUGGCUCUCCUAAAUACCCAUUGUCUGGGCUCAGCUGAUGGCCUUGGAGUUGAAAGGCAAACUGAGCAAUCCAGAGCCAGAAGGGUGGUCCAUGCCUCUCCACAGGGUCCAUCUCCUUUCCUCUCCCCUCCUCAUCCCUCUCUUCCCUUCCAUAAUGGGAUAAAGGGAUUGCCGUUCCCAAGUGCCUUCCCAGACACCAGGCUGUCCCACCAGCACAAGUCCUGUGCGCUCUGGGUGUCAGGCUGUGACUCCAGCAGGCUGCAAAUUCUGCCUUGACCUGCACAGGGCACUGAACUGGGUCCUGCCCACAGCUGUGUCCUUGCCUUUGCCUUUGGUCCUGCUCACUCCUUAUCUGCCCUGUGCAUGAUUCAUUGUGUUAUUUGCCGGCAGCACAUUUGCCUCCCAGCAGCACAGAGCUGACAUUUGCUGUUUCUGCAGAGAGGCAAGCACCCAACCACUCCUGUUAUCCAGAAAUAAACAUUGCAAAAGGCAGCAAA